AUGGAUGGUGUCGGCAAACUUGGGCUAUCAACUUUACAAAAAUUAACAACAACAUUUCAUAUGUUGGCGUAUGGAACAUCUGAAGAUAGUAUUAAUGAAUAUGUUAGGAUCGGUGAGUCAACUGUAAUUGUAUGUUUAAAGAGAUUUUGCAGAGCAAUUGUAGAAGUAUAUGGAGAUGAAUAUCUGAGGACCCCCAAUGUCGACGAUGUUGCCAAGUUAUUGCAAAAGGGAGAAGAAAGAGGCUUUUCAGGAAUGUUGGGAAGUCUAGACUGUAUGCAUUGGCAAUGGAAAAACCAUCCAACAGCAUGGGCAGGACAAUACUUGGGACGUCAUGGAGGUCCAACAAUUAUUCUUGAGGCAGUAGCACCAUAUGAUCUAUGGAUAUGGCACGCAUACUUUGGCUUACCAGGAUCCAAUAACGAUAUUAAUGUAUUGUAG